GUGUGCAGGCGUGAGGUGAGAGGAAUUCACCGACAAGAGGAAGAGAUGGGUGGAAUGAGGAACGAACGGCUGAGCGAAACAGUGCAAUAUCAUCCAUUUUAUGACGACGCCAGCUGUAGUAAACGCAUGGCAACUGAACGAGAACGACGCCUUUAUACUUUUGUUUCCGACAUUUGUGAGAUGGAAAAUACGAAAAAGCAUGAAAAAUUUGGGCGAGCUACUAACUGCUUCCCUGUCUGCUUUCUAUUGCGUUUGAUGGCUAUAGUGUUGAUGCUCAUCGACUUUGCAACAAUAAAACCACUGUGAGCCUCGAUGCAAACACGAUGUAUCAGAUGGCGAUCGGUAUGCAAAGUAAUGGCA